CGUAAAAAAUCGUACGACCAUUCCGUAUCGAGCAUUUUGUAUGAUCGGAUCGCUUCUUGCAUUUUUCUCAUUAAUUUCCUCCGCGAUGGCCGGCAACAAGGAACGUACCUUCAUCAUGGUUAAGCCGGACGGUGUCCAGCGUGGACUCGUCGGCCAAAUCCUCCAGCGCUUCGAAGCUAAAGGCUUCAAGCUGGUUGCCAUGAAGUUCAUGUGGGCAUCGAAGGAUCUUCUUGAGAAGCACUACGCCGAUCUGUCCGCGCGUCCGUUCUUCCCCGGUCUCGUCACGUACAUGAGCUCCGGCCCGGUCGUGCCGAUGGUGUUCGAAGGACUGAAUGCCGUCAAGACUGGCCGCAAGAUGUUGGGUGCCACCAACCCGGCUGACUCCGAGCCCGGAACCAUCCGCGGUGACCUGUGCGUGCAGGUUGGUCGCAACAUCAUCCACGGAUCGGACGCAGUCGAAUCGGCCAACAAGGAGAUCGCUCUUUGGUUCAAGGAUGAGGAGCUGGUUUCCUAUACUCCGGCUGUCGAAACAUGGGUAUACGAGUAAGCAGACGAGAGACGUAUUCCAUUUAUGUUUAAAGUUUUAAGUCCAUGCUUUUAUGUGCUUCUCAAGAAGAGGAAAUAAAUUAUUAAAUGCAAGAGUA